GUACAACAAGCAGAAAUAAUGGCAGCUAACUUUCUGAGCGCUUCAAAGCUGGUAGUCCUGCUGGCAGUCUGCUUCGUCCUGGUGUGCAAAACUGUGGCUGCCGGCCCUCGCCAUGUUUGCGCCUAUCCUCAAACUUGCACCGAUCCGGGUCAAAACGAUCCCAGCCACGUCGUGACAGCGACUGCACAGUACGACCCGACCACUAAGCAAUGCGAGACCAUCCCGUCGGAGACAGGACCUCACAACUGCCAGAAGUUCCCGACCAUCGAAGACUGCGAGAAGAACUGCGUAGAUGUUGGAGUGUAAACUGAGGCAUGCUCUGGCAACCCUGAGAAUACGCAUGGUCGUUGACCCCGUGCUGUUAUGGUGAAAA